UUCAAAAUCGAUAUCCAAAUAAUUUCUGAACAGUAAAUCUUAAGAAUAUAUUACCAUUUAAAUUUACCAUCGCAACAAUUAUGCUAGGCUCGGUGUUGCUCGUUUUAUGUCUGCUUCGCAUUGGUGAUGUUGCGCUAGGCCACAACGACCUAAGAAAUGUGGCAUACGGAAAAUCUGUAAUUCUGAGUUCAAAUUAUCACAGUUCGGGGUAUUCCGGAUCCAAAGUCGUCAAUGGUCUCCUUACCGAUCUCUCCCAUACCGCAGCCGAGAAAACCCCCUAUCUCGUGAUUGAUCUGGGGAAGGACUACGUCAUACAUGAAAUAGAGGUCUUCGCUAGAAAGUGUUGUGUGCACCAACUUCACGACUUUGACGUUAAAGUGGGCCAAAACACUCAUACCAUGCAUCUUUGUGGUCAUUAUACGGGGUACGCCAAGCUCGGGGAGCGGAUCGCUAUGUGGUGCCCCGCCGACACAGUGGGACGAUACGUCAAAAUACAGAUCACUUCCGGGGUGUCCAAUGUUCUCACUCCAGCAGAAGUACUUGUAUGGGGACAUCUGUAAUUAAAGUGCUAUGAAUUUUGUUUAAGAAAUGUGUUUAUAUAAACGUUUCAUCAAAUUAACAUGUGCGCGUAUGUGUUUAAACGUUGUAUUAAAUU